AUGGCUGAGCCUCUGUCAUUGGCAGCCAGCAUCGCUGGACUCAUAUCCCUGGCCGAUGUCACCUUCAAGCAUGUUUACAAGUUCACAAAAGCUGCCAAGGACGCCAAGGACGAGGUACAGACCAUCGCCGAUCAGCUCAAUGACCUCGCCCGCGUGCUGCGCGUGCUUGAGGCUCUUGCCGAGAGCCUGGAGGCCGAUGGAGAGGGUUUCGACCCAGCCCUAAGAAACCAUUACUUGGGACAUUGUCAAAAAACACUUGAAAAGGUCCAGAAAAGGGUCAGCAAGGCCCUCGACAGCUUCAACAGUGGAUCAAGGUCAAAGAGCCUUGGCCGGCAACUCAAAUGGCCCUUUUCCGCCUCAGAAACAACAGCUCUUCUCAAUGAGAUCUCCAGUCACAAGACCACCAUCAACCUCGCGUUAUCUGCAGACUCGAUGCGGAAACUGCAGCUUUCGUUGUCAAAAACCGGCGAGUUGAGCAAGCAGGUUACAACGAUUGAGGAGACGGUAAAGAGGAUCGAGAUCAACACCUUGAUUGAGGUGGACCGCAAGAAGCAACACAUCCUUGACUUCUUCAUGGCCGUUAAUCCACAGCCAAAUCUGGAAACCAGUGUCAAACUUCGACAUGCCUUGACAGGGCUGUGGCUGACUGAGUCUCCCGCCUUUGAGCAUUGGCUCCAUACGCCUGGCUCUAGGCUCUGGCUGACUGGUAUACCGGGAGCUGGCAAGACGGUUCUUGCGGGCUCAGUCAUCCAGGAGGCACUAACACGCAGUCAUGAUGCUCCUGGGACGGGCGCCGCUUUCUUCUUCUGUGACUACAAGAAUCCAUCGACUUGGAAAACGACUAAUAUCCUUGGCGCUAUUGCGUCUCAGCUCGCCCGCCAGAAAGAAGAGGCCUUUGCAACCCUUUGCGAGUACUAUGACGAACUUCAUCCACCCCAGGGUCUCCCAAGAACGCCUGAUAGUGACGAGCUUCGGGCUAGGAUUAGUCAAAUGUCGGAACACUUUGGCCAGACACUUAUGGUCAUCGAUGGACUUGACGAGUGUGGUGAUGAAACAGAAGACGUCGUUGAAAUGUUGCGGGAGAUGGCAGACUACUCUGAAAGGGUGUCAAUGGCCCUCUUCAGCCGUGACCACUUCAACAUCCGUAUUCGUCUGGAUGAAGACUUUGAAGUCGUUCAUAUCGCCGCGCAUACCGAAGACGUACGGAUGUUUGUCGGAGCCGAGCUGGAGAAUAGGAUCAAAACCAGACGACUACAGCUCAAUGACAUAAGUAUGAAGUCUGAGAUCGCUGACAUCCUCGUCAACCGAGCCAAGGGCAUGUUUCGAUGGGUAGUCUGCCAGCUGGACUAUCUUUGCGACUGUGCUCAUGAUGAAGAGCGACGAGAAGCCCUGGAGAAGCUCCCUCCGGACCUGCCUGAGAGCUACCGUCGACUACUCGAGAGGAUCAGCAGAGCCUCUGAUACAGUUCAAUCCAUGGUUCACAUGUGUCUCAGCUUCAUUGCCUUUGCUGAGCCAAGUUUGACUAUUCUGCAGCUGCGCCAGGCGGUUUCGACACCUCCCACUCUGGGCGCAGCUCUGACUGAGAGAAACAUGGUAACCGAGGAGGAGAUUUUGAGGAGAUGCAGCAGUCUCAUCCGGAAAUCCCAAGACGGCAACCGCCUGGAAUUCGCUCACUUUACUGUCCAGGAGUUCCUCGAGAACAGGGCGGCAUUGGGUAAUAGUCCUGGCAUCGACAGAUACGUUAUCUCGAAGCAGAGCUCCGACUUGCUCCUGGCUACCCAAUGCCUGAGAUUUCUGCAGCUGAAGAACUUUGAAACGGAGCUCAUAGAGGGCGAUACGAAGCACCACUUGAAUGGUGACGACCUGAUCCAGAUGAGGAACAAGCAUUAUCCCUUCUACCCGUACUCUGCCAUCUUCUGGAUGUCUCUCACACGAAAUGGACUCGACGACCCGACUUUAUUCAAUCUUGCCAAUUCACUCUUUCAUCCAUCCAAGACGUCUUAUUUCACAAGAUGGUCACACGAGCUUGUAAGCACUCUUAUGGGCCGCGACAGUGGUAGCCUUUAUGGACGGACCAAGACGGAUGUGAGAAUAAGUUUUGGAAGAUUUCGUGAAUCUAGGAGUCUACGUUCAAGCCCAGACCAACACAUAGCAUGGGAUCAGCGGAUUCUCAACGCUGGUUUUAGGCCGCUCCACAUGGCGGCAUGGCUCAACAUUCCAGAGAUAUGCAGUUCCCUCGUCAGUCAAGGAGUCGCGGUAAACUCUCGAUGGGACAACAUCAGACCUGUCGACCUCGCAUUCUCUUCGGUAUUUGUUUUCGAUAAGGAUUUUACUGGUCUUUCUGAGGUAUACAGGCUCAUUUCACUCACUGAUUUCCUCCCAGUGAGUAGACGGAGAAACCUAACUAUCAAGAGUCUCAUUCGACAAGGGGCCAGGCCAUCUAACGACCUUCUCGGUCCAGAGGGGUAUUCCGUCUCGUUGACUACCACUGAAAUCGCACUUUUCCUCCAAGAUGUCACUCCAAUCUCCUACCUACUGUCUUUAGGGGUUGUCCCUGAUGAGAGGGAGCUUUCCUUCUUCAGCGAAUGCUUCCGCAAAAUGGAUCGCACCAAUGCUGAGGCAAAGUCGUCAAUGCUCUCACUCUUGAGAUACCUUGCUUCAGAAUUGGUUUGUACCGAGAAGUGGGCGAAAGAGCUUGGCUCUGAAGUGUCUCGCUGGUGCAUGGACGCAAAGCUCUCAUUCUCUGAGCAUGACCACAUUUUCGACACUCAGCUGUUGACGACCAGAGAUGUUUUGCUGGCACGAAUGAUGCAGGCUGUUGUCGACGACGACGUCGAAUUGGUUAAGCGCUACCUUGCUAUCGGUGAAAUCGACGUGGUUGAAUGUCGCCAUGAUGGUGGAACACUUCUGCACCUGGCAGCCAGGAAUGACGCUUGCGACGUCUUCGAACUCCUUAUUGCCGCUGGUUGUGAUCCUUACUGUGAGGAUGUCAAUGGUAGCUUGCCUAUUCACGUACAUCACUCCAAGUCUGGCAUUCGGUUCUAUGAGACUUUGAAGAGGCUCGGCAUCUCUCUUUCGAACCUAGACGCAAGGGGAAUGACAGCCUGGCACCAUCUGGCCCAGGCCCGCAACAUUGACAAGGUGCUCUUUUGUAAACUAAUUCAGCUCGAUCGUGAAGGCACGGCCCGCGCCCUUCGGACAAGGACGCUUGCUGAUGAGACGCUGCUCUCAAUCGUGUUGCGGCCAAAACCUCUCGACAUAUUAGGGAUCGAUUCAUGGGACUCUUCAGAAGAAGAAGAAGACGAUGAUGAAGACUCUCAAUCAGAUGAGUCCGCUAUUACAAGCUAUAACUCGUCUGAUUCAGAGAAUGAUUGGUUCGGUUCAUCCACCACCAAUUCGUCGACUAUUUCAUCCAGACAUAGACAUGACAUGAAGCGAGAGAAGGACAAGAGGGAACGUGUAUUCUUCUCCCUCCUGGACAUAUGCUCGGAACUCCCCGAUUUCUGGUCGAACCACGGCCCAAUCAUGGGCGCAGCGGCCAGCCUUGGCUCUGGGAACGUUGUGCGUCGUCUUCUUGAGGUAGGCGCUGAGUUUGAGCCCGCCGUUGAGGGGGCCCAAACACCGCUGCAUGAGCUAUCACCCCUGAUGCCACUGCAGGAGGCUCAGAUUCUAUUGGAUGCAUAUCACUACUCGGUUGAGUACAAAUUCCAAGGCCAGUUGCCAGUCGAGAUGUACAUCAGGAAUGCGCUGAGGGAAUGGCUGGCCCCAAACGCUGAGGUCAUCAAGAUCUUGACACCCCCAGGCGUGCUUCGCAACCAAGAUGCCGAGGGGGAAACGCUCUGGGAAUUCUUCUGUCGUCUGCCAAGCCAGAUCAGCCCAAAAGGGCGCCAAAAGGUAUUGACAAAGCCGAUGGACAAUGUUGUGAUGACCAUGGUUGGACUCGGGGCGAUGCAAGUCUACGAGGAACGGAACCAAGUUUGUGGUAUCACUCUGGCCUUCGAUAUGAUUUCCCGAAAAGAACGGAAGACCUGGACUGGGCCAUGUUUUAUCGCCGUCGACACGGUUCACGAGAUGUUGCGACAAACCCAGUACUGGGCGUCAGCCAGAAACUCACACUCGGUGCAGCAAUUCCUCAAGAUGGCCAUCUGUAGCGGCGAAUUGCAGAUGGUGGAACUCCUUCUGAAGCACGAAGUCGACAUCCAUCACUGGACCAUGGGUUCUUCGCCUAUCGAGGAAGCCUGCUGUCCUUCUUACCGUCGUAAGAUUAAGAAAGAAAAGCCCAUGCUGCAGCUCCUCCUUGACCACUGCAAGAGCAACAAGCUCAACCAUGCGUCCCCUAAUGAUGGUCUUGGACUUCUUCAUACGCUCGCCCUACGGUUAAGCGAAACCAACACUGUCUGGUUAAUGGAAUCUCUCAUCCAACGAGGCGCUAACAUCAACGCUUUGACUCGUGAUAAAAGGGCAAUGUCUGUGAUUGCUUAUCACCUAGAGGAGGAUUCACUGCCAUGCGUCGAGUUGCUCCUAAGGCAAGGAGCCGAUCCGUGCCUUGGAGGUCGACCCGAGUCUCGGACAGCCCUCUCCGUAGCGCUCAGAUCAGAUAAUGUGGGAUUUCUGCGGCAGGUGUUGUCUCACAGUGCACAGACAUCGUCUAUCACUGACUGGGGGAAGUCGAUGGAUAUUUCUGUGAAGGCGCGGGGGCGAGGAAAAAUAUUCCUCGAAAAGGCGAAUGCACUGCACUUUGCCUCAGCCAAUGACAGCCUAGCUUGUUUGAGGUUCCUCCUCGAUGACAAUCUCAUCAAGAUCAAAGAUUCCAGGUCAAGAGAGGGCUGGACUCCACUACAUGUCAGCGCUUAUAUGGGACUUACCGGGAUAACAGAGCUCCUCAUCUCCAAAGGAUUCCAUGUUAUGGCGGAGAACAAAGUUGGCCAGACACCCUUGCACCUGGCUGUCUGUGGAGCUGGCGUUUCUGUUGCUGAGGUCUUGCGCAAACACGGAGCAUCCGAGUCAUUGGAUGACUUUGGAAAGCGCCCGAGAGACUAUGCCCAAGAGCGGAAUCUGGUUGAAUUCGUCCAGUUUUUCGAGACCUGGCAGGACGAGGUAGGCGACAGAGGGUCUCUAUCCCCCAAACACCAUAAGCGCCUGGCAGCAGAACUUGGACGGGCUAUCCAAGCCGGUGAUAAGAAGAAUUGCCAGAAUGUUGUCUCCAAGGGCUGUCCAAUCGAUGUGAUCAUGCCGAGGACUGGUGGAUGCACCCCUUUGAUGCUGGCGCUGAAGCGAGGCAAGUUGGAGAUUGCACAAUGGUUCCUGAACGAGGGCGCAAGUACGUUGAAGUCGGCCCAGUACUCGAGCGGGGGUGUAAAGAGCAUCAUUGAGGCUGCGGCUGCACAGCCAAACUUCAACUGGCUUCUGAGCCCCAUUGUCGAGUCUUACUACAAGUGUGGCGGAGACUUAGUCGGCGGUUUUGACUUUCCUCUUCAUCAUGCCGUGUGGUCUGGUAACUCUGAAGGGAUUAAGAUUAUAAUGAAGGCUUGGGAGAAGCUUGAGCGUGCUGCUAAGCUGAAGCCGUACACUGACUCGACUUGUCAGCAAAUCCUCCAAACUAUCGUGAAUCGCCGACUACAGGCAAGAUUUCUCUUUAUGCACACUAGCGGCUACGGACAGCGGUCUCGCAUGGUAACAGCGCUGCAUGUCGCCUCGUGGAAAGGAAACAAAGCGGCCGCUUCAAUCCUCGUUGAACAUGGCGCCGAUGUCGACUGCGUUGACUGCAACGGAUGGACGCCCCUAAUUUACGCGACGACCGUCGACAUGGUAGCGCACCUCAUCAGCUUGGGCGCUUCACCGGCCAUGAUCUGCAGAACAGGUACUCUCCCUUGGCUGAUGGUUUCGUCUGGAACGGAGGAACUUCCCCUCGGCCUAAUCUCCAAGCUGCCAAGGCAGUUGAUUCUUAACCCAUAUCGUCCAGUGCAUUGUGACGAUAUACCCAUUACUCCCCGCGGCCUCACUGCGCUGAGACAGCUGGGGUGCGACUUGGUUCUGAAGGACGAGUGCGGCCGGUGUCUAAUGCACUGCAUUAUCUGCAAGAACGAAACAUCACAACUCGUGCUGGAGGACAACUUUGGGCUAUCUGGAACAAGCCCAUUUCCUUGGCACCUGGAUUGGUAUCCUUUCAGCAAGAUGGCCUUUCUAUCAACAAGGUUCCGCCACUUUCAGCGACGAGUCCCUCGGGAGACCUUUCAGACAAUAUUGAACCUCGAGCCACAGCGCGGAUGGAGUCCUCUAUGUCGUGCAGCAGCGCUGAACUGUGUUGAUGUAAUGGAAAACUGCCUGGAAAUGGGGGCCAGGCUCGACUAUGAAGGAUGCUCCCUGGGCUCCGCCCUCAUGCUUGCGAGUGCCUGCGGCAGCCUCGAAGCUGCCAAGUUACUCGUGCACCGAGGCGCCUCAGUCUACUACUUUGGAAAGAACGGUGUCACGAGUUGCCUCACGCUUGCAGGGACUGAAGCCGUCAGAGCUUGGCUUCUAUCUGGCCGGUUCAUGGAUCAGCAGCGGAUCACGGCCGAGGGAGGGGGUAGAGAAGAUGCAAUCAAGCCGUGGAGUGGGUUUGCUUCAGCUCGUGUGAAGAUCUACGGGAAGAUGGAGAGAAACCAAUCAGAGUCCAUGUUGGACUAUGCAAAGAAGCUGGCGCGGAUGAAAAAGAAGUUCAGGGGUCAACUUGUUCGCGCUAAUGAGGUUUCAUUGUCUAAAGAUACUGGGGUAGUUCUUUAG